GAAGUUUAUUCUAUCUACGUAAUCUAUGGUAGAACUACUAUAUAAUAGAUAUAUGAUAUAAUAUGUUUACUAUCAGAUGAUGUCACUUUUAUGCAAUUUUUAAUCUAAUUUUUUGCAUAUAGUAUUUUUUUUUAUAAUUUAUAAUAAAUUUUAAUUUUAAUAAAGAUAUGACAAAGGAACAGAACUCAAGAAAUUUAUCAAAUAACACAUUAUUAAAUGCAACAGCACAUAAUAUAAUAUGUGAAAAUGAUUUGAAUAUAUUAUUGAUACAAGGAACUGAUAAAGAAAUUAUAAAUAUGACAAAAAAAGAAAUUAUUGAAAAUUUAUUUUUAUUAGAAAAACAAUCCCACAUAGAAUAUUUUGUUACUAGACCAGUUUUAAAACUUAUUGAUCUUAAUUUAUGCAAUAGUCAACUUUAUGAUAUACCUAAUUCUUUAAAGAUGCUAAAAGAAUUACAAUAUUUAAAUUUAAAUAAUAAUUGUUUAUCUUUCUUAUCAGAUGUAAUCUGUGAAUUACAUCAAUUGAAAAAAUUAUAUGUUUCUCAGAAUAAAUUGAAUCAACUUCCCAGUAAUUUAGGAAAUUUAUUGAAUUUAGAGGUUUUAUCUUUAAAUACAAAUUAUUUAACAAAUCUUCCAGAUUCAUGUGCAAGAUUAAAUAAAUUAGAAAUUCUUUAUCUUAAUGAUAAUAAAUUUAAAUGGAUUCCAAAUUGUAUAAGCAAAGGAAUGAAAAAUUUGCAAAUUCUUGAAUUUUCAUGCAACAUAAAUUCAAAAUUGGAUUUUUAUCCUCUGAGUACUAAUUUAACUACAUUUUAUGCAGAAAAAAAUAAUGUCUGUCUUUCAUUUCCAAAAUGGAUAUUGAAUUCCAAAUAUAAAAAACUUGAAACUGUAUCACUGAAUGAAACAAGAUUUCAAACAUUAAAUUUGCCAAAGAAAUCAUCUAUAUCCUAUGUUAAAAAAUUAUUAAUGAAACAAUGCAAUCUUAGCACUGAAGAUAUUGAAACCAUAAUUAUUGGAAUGACAAAUCUUGAAGAACUAAUAAUUGGAAAUGGAAAAGUAUGUUAUCAAAAUUUUUUUACAACUAUGCCUAUUAAUACAAAAAAAAUUUUAUCUAGUCUCAAAACAAUUGACAUAUGUAAUACGGGACUUUCAAGCAUACCUGAAAUAAUAAACAAAUUUACCAAUCUAUCUGAACUAAAUUUAGGUUACAAUAAUAUCUUUUUCUUGCCAGAAGAAAUUUGUUCUUUAAAAAAUUUGAGUAAAUUAAUAAUAAAUAAUAAUCAUUUGACAAAUCUUCCUGAAAAUAUUGGAGAAUUGACAUUGUUAGAAGAAUUAAAAUUACGUCAUAAUUAUUUAAAUGAAUUACCUGAAAGUAUAAAAUUAUUGCACAACUUAAAAUAUAUAGAUCUUUAUAACAAUGAAUUUGAAAUGGUACCAGAAAUAAUAUUUAAUUUACCAAAUCUGAAAGGAUUAGAUUUUGAACAAAAUUAUUUUUCAACUGAAUGUUUAUGGUACACUAGGUGUCCUAAUUAUAAAGAUAUGAGAGAUACUUUGAGACAUUAUUGGUUGGAUCCUAUAUUUGGCUAUGAAUCUCCUUGUGGAUCGAAAAUGAAAUCACCAACUGGAAGUGAAAAAUGUUUUUCAUCAUCAAGCUCUUCAUUAGACGAACGUCUUUUAUACGUAUUACCAGAAGAAUCUCAUAACGAAAUAUUUGAUGAACAUUGGGAUAGCUCUGAAGAUUCGGCCGACGAAUUUGAUCCUCACGAAAAUAAAGAACCAAAAAGGCGAACAUUUCCGCCAUUCACAUUUUAUCAGCCAUUUGAACAAAUAUAUCGUCCUGCGGAUUUCCAUGAGGAUCGAAUUAUGACGCGAGUUUUAAAGAUGUUACAAAACGGGACUUUAGUUUGGCUAUCUAACUACGAGGAAGGUCAAUUCGAAGAUCCUUAAAGAAGAUUGAAAUUGAAGUUGCGUUUGAUUUGACAGUUGUAUAAAGUAUAGUUCAAUGAUUUUUUAUUAUUACAGUUAAUAUAUUAAACAAUUUUAAAAGAAUAUUAUCUAGUUAAACCAAAUAUCUAGUUUAACAUAACAUAAUAUAUAAGAUAACAAUAUAUAGCUUCAUAUAAUAUAUGCAUUAUAUGGAAUAUAUAAUGGAAAAUGAUUUGAUAAUUAUGAUUUAUUAACUUUAUUUUCAUAGUUUAUUAUUGGAAAAAAAUUGAAUAAUUGAUUUUAUUUAUGACUAUAUUUUUUUUAUAUAUAUUUUUUUUAAUGACUUAAGUUUAAUUAAGUUAAAUUAUUGAAUACAAAAAGGAUUGCUAAUUAGAUCUCUAUUACAAAAAAUCCAUAAUUAAAAAAUUAUAUUUUCAUAUAAAUAAAAUGAUUAAACAUAAAUUAAUAACUUUUGAUGAAUAAAAAAAAACUAAAAAUUUAAUAACUCAAAUAAUUUAGAUAAAAUCAAUUUAUUUAAAAUAAUAAUCUUUAUUCUUCAUCCAAAUUUAUAUCUGAUUUUAUGAUAUGUGAUUAAAAAAUGAUAGAAAGAAUUACUAAUUUAUAUAAAUUAUUUCACAAAAAUAUCAUACAAGAAUGCUAUUUUUCAUUUUAUUAAUGUUUCUAUACAUUGUGAUAUUUUAUUUUGACUAAUAUAUGAAUAAAUAGAAAUAUAAAUAAUUUUUUUUUGUAUAAUUAAUAUGAAAAAUAAUCAAUUCUUCUAAAGUUAUUAAAAUAAUUCUAAAGUUAUUUAAAUAAUUAUUUAUUUUACAUACCUAUUAAAUUAAGCAUACUUAUUUAGCAUAUUAAAGCAUAUUUUUAUAAAUAAUUUAUAAUUUCAACUUCAAUUUAAUAUUUUCAACUGUGAUAAGAAAUAUACUCCACAGAUAUAUUAUUAUCCAUAUGCAGUACACAGAUUAAUAUUAAUAAACAUUUUUAUUGUAAAUAAUUUUAAUAUCAAAAUUGUAACAUGAUAUUUACAAUCAUGAUUUUCGUUAUUAUAUAUCUAAUAAGUUAUAUGUAAAUAUUUCAAUUUUAUAACAGAUCUUUUUACAAUUAAAAAUAAAUAAAUUUUAUAAUAUAACAAA